AUGGCAUCAAACAACCAAAAUGAUAACCACGGCCAAUUCUCGAAUACCGGCAAAGAACACACUGUCACACUCCCCUUUGCUCAAAACCCCAAUUCUUUAAAAGAUACCACCGGGUCAUCGGGUCCCAAUCGAAAGGAGAAAGCUGCAGAGAAGUUGUGGAAGCCGACUUUCGAUCGCAAACAAAGUUGGAGUAACGAGGACCGCAAGCACCAGUUGCAAGAACGAUUGCACGGGUCGGAAAAGGGAAAGGAGAUGGGGUUCACAGAGGCGCAUAGGCAUAGUGGGGAUUAG